AUGGCACCAACAAAGCAGGAGCUCUCCCUGCUCAUCCACCCCCUCGUCCCCGAAGCUGUCCAGCACAACAACCGCGUUCUCUCCUCCCUCCACAGCCUAACAGCCUUCCUCCUCGGCCUAUCCGCCGGAAUUCUCGCCCUCCAAUCAACAGCCGGCUUCGCCUUCUACUUCGCCGGCACUGUCUUAGUAUCAGGCCUCUUCCACCUCGUCCUCCUUUCCCGCUCUGGCGGCGCCGGCGCCGGUGCCUUCUUCCCUGGCGCGGGUGGUGAGAUCGAGGGCUCGGUCCAGAUGAGCAGGAGUGGGGCUGUGAGGAUGGAUCUGGGAUUGGGUGGGAAGGGGGGCUAUAUUCUUAGAAAGGGUGCUUGGAGGGAUGUUUGGUUUGGCGGUGGUGUUGUUAGUGAGGCAUUGAGUGGGUUUGUGCUUGGGUGGGCUGGUGUUGGAGGUGUCUUGAGGUGA